AAGAGCGGAAAGGGCUACCGCUGUCCAGUGAACUCUCGUGGUAGCUCUUAGGUCGCUUUGGAGAGGCCAUCCUAAACCUAGUCGAAGACCAGAGGAUUUGUGGCUAUGCAUCGGAACAGACUCUGAGGGCCGCCCUUACAUAGCGUCAGAGGGAAGAGCGCUAUGAUCAUAGACAUUCUCCUAUAUGCUGUGACUGCUUUGCAUGUCCUUCUUGCUCCCUACACCAAGGUGGAGGAGAGUUUCAAUUUGCACGCUCUGCACGAUGUCUUAAUGUAUGGUGUGAGCUUGGAGAACUUGUCAAAGUAUGAUCACUUUGUCUUUCCGGGCGUGGUUCCUCGAACCUUUAUUGGAAGCCUGAUCCUUGCGACUUUGGUCAAGCCUGUGCUAUUUUUCGCCAACGAACUUGGCCUUUUACGUUCUAAAUCCAGUAUCCAGGUCGUUGCCCGGGUUGUCCUUGGAUUAGUGAAUGCCUAUGGUUUGACCCUCGUUCAACGGGCUGUGUCGAGGCAAUUUGGGCGGAAAGUUGGUUCGGCUUUCCUCAUAACUAGUCUCACUCAGUUCCACCUACUGUUCUGGAUGAGUAGGACGUUGCCGAACACGUUUGCGCUAUUCCCUGUCAAUAUCGCGUCGAGCCUCUUGAUAAGAUCAUCCCCAUCAAAACCCCAUGUUUCGCUCCUCGCGCUUGCGCUGUUGAUGGCCGCGGCUGUGAUUUUUCGGGCAGAGCUGGUUCUGUUCCUGGCGCCUUGGGCGUUGCAAUUACUUCUCACCAGAAGAAACUCUUUAAUUUCCCUCGUAGCAACAGGCAUAUCGGCAGGGCUUGCCGCGCUUUUCGUCACGACGCGUAUGGACGCGUAUUUCUGGAAGCAGGAAACCCUGUGGCCAGAGUUAGCCGGGGUUUUGUUUAAUGUCUAUGAAGGGAAAAGUGCGGAUUGGGGGAUUUCCCCAGCACAUGCAUAUUUCUUCUCCCUCCUCCCUAAAUUGCUCAUGGGAGGUGCACCUCUAAGCAUGAUAGGGUUCCUGGUCGAUUCCAGGAUCCGUUUCAUCCUACUUCCGUCAUUAGCAUUCGUGACACUUAUAUCAGGGUUAGCCCACAAAGAGUGGAGGUUUAUCGUUUACGUUGUGCCAAUCUUCAACGUAGCGGCCGCUCGAGGAAUUUCGUGGUUGUUAGCGAGAAAAGGGCUUUUGAGGCCAUUCUUGACCCUGGUGGUCGCAGGGUUGCUCUUUGGAAAUCUUAGCGCGACUGUGCUGCUGUCUGUGCUCUCACAAAACAAUUAUCCCGGUGGGGAAGCGUUGCACCGGCUGCAUAAUUUGGCCGAUGAAACUCAUGCCAGAGUUUACAUCGACGAUUAUGCGGCGCAAAGUGGUGCAUCACUCUUCUUGCAAGAGCGAGGCCCUCCACAAUUGUCAUUCCGCACAAACGCCAUUCCGAGGAUGGAUUGGCAGUACAUCAAGUUGAAGUUUAAUAACACUGACACAUUUUCGCAUGCUCUUGUCGAGGACGUCCGGGAGUUGGGUGGGAAGUGGGAAGUGUUGGAUGUGGUACAGGUUCAAGAUGGCCUGUCAUUCGGAAGUGGUGAUAAUGAGCUCUGGGAUCGGAUUCCCCGCCUCAGGAUGAAGAAUGCUCUCUGGAUAGUGACUCGUCGCUAAAUGUGCCUGACCAGGAUCGGCGGUGCCCGAACUGGCGUCCCAAAAGUGGAGAAUUUGUCCUGUGUAACUGGAUUAAAAAUGAGAUCAAAUAAUGUAACAUAAAAGGCAGUCAUUUGUUGGAAGCACGAAACUCCGCUCGAGUAGCAACAAGUGUGGCAACUCACUAGUUUCUUUCUUCUUUUCAUCGUGACUCUUCGUUUCGUUUUUAGUUCACUGUACUCCCUUUGACCCAAUUUCCACACCUUUCCGUUCCGUCGCGGGCGUUGUGCUUUCAGCUGGAUCUCAUCAUUCGGACUCACGCCAAUAUAUCGCCAAAGUUUCACAUCACUC